CUUCAGUAGUCAACAUUCAACCAUCCAACAACUGAUAUCGAGGAAGCUCACCAAAAAGGAAGCUUGUUACGUUGAAGCAACUGGGGUACUUGUCAUACCACUCCUACUCGUGAACUGAAAAGAUUGAAAUGGCAAGCUCAAUGUUGACCUUAAGGAUCAGAGGGCCUGAAGGUUCGAGUACGAUUAAAAUCAGUCCUCAAGCUACAAUUACUGAAUUGUAUCAUCAAAUCUCUGAACAGACUAACAUUAAAAAGGAAAACCUUCAAGUCCGGGUUGGAUUUCCAAAUCCCCAGAGCAUCUCCGCUUCAGAUACCGGAGCGACAGUUGAAUCAGUGAAUAUCAAGAGCGGCGAGGUACUCCAAGCAUCAUCGUCUCAAGGAUCAUCUUCGAAUGGUGCGUCGCCUGCGCCAUCCACACCUGGCCAAUCGACCCCACUGAGCAAACCGGCCAGGGUGACAAACGACGUGGGACGCGCGCCUGCAAAAUCGAGUCUCUCCUCUCUAGCGCGGGUUCAGGAUCAAAGUAGUGCCUCCCCCUCUGCAUCGAAGAUUGAGAACCAGGACGGACUAGACUCGGUCUCCGCCUCGGUUGCACUCGAGGCUGGUCAUCUGGUCCUACGAGUCGUCCCAGACGACAAUUCUUGUCUCUUCAGAGCCGCCGGAAUCCUGUUAGACCAUGGCGACGAGCAUUCUUCUUCCUCAGACCUCUCCCAUCGCUUACGCCAGAUCGUCGCAGACGCCGUCAAAAACGAUCCCGUGACUUGGUGCGAACCUAUCCUCGGCAGAGACCCGGAUCUUUACAUCUCUAAAAUCCUUGAUAAAGACGUCUGGGGUGGCGCGAUCGAACUCGCCAUUCUUGCCGAUCAUUUCCAAACAGAAAUUUGCUCAAUUGACGUUCAAACUGGAAGGGUCGAUAGAUUUGGACAAAGUCAUAACUAUGCAAAUCGAAUUUUCCUGGUCUACUCAGGCAUACAUUAUGAUGCAAUAACUUUAUCGCCGAUUCCACCGGAAGAAUUGUCGAACCAAUCUACCUGCUUCCCACCUGAAUUAGAUUUUGACACGACGAUUUUCCCAUCGGAUGAAGAUAGUUUCCUACAUGCUGCGCUCCAAUUGGUCUCUCAACUUCGCCAGAUGCAUUAUUAUACCGAUACUGCUUCUUUCAGCUUACGCUGUGAGAUUUGUAAGGUUGCUUUGGUGGGUGAGAAAGACGCAAGAUCUCAUGCAGAAUCGACGGGCCAUACUCAAUUUGGAGAAUACGCAUGAUCAAAAGUACAAGUAGUCAUCUUCCUGCGCUUCCUCUUAUCAAGUUUUCUGGAUCUUAUUUCUUCCUUUUCUUCGUUAGCUUCGAUUAAGUUUCACCGGUUGAUUCUCACUUGUUUAUGUGUAUACUUAUCAACUGCGUAUUCACACCUUGUUGUAUUAGACAAGGUGAUAGACAUAAAAGUUUUCACAUCUUGUAGUUGUUUUGAAUCGUGUUCAAAUUCGUCAUCGUGCAUCCUCAUUUCAAUUCGUGAACUUCAUCAGUAGACUGUCCUCCUUAGCUAUCAACUAUGUUCAUUUAUUUAUUUAUUCUUAGGGAAAACAAGUUUUUUUUUGUAGUUGCUAGUUCACGUGUCCUUGUUGCGCUUGCUUUCGGUAGAAUAAUCUCAUUUGUCAAAGUUAAAUGCAACAGACGUCCCA